AUGUCGACUCCCCCGCUCGCGCCCGCGCAGACGCACGCGCUGUUCGACGUGCUCGUGCACCGCCAGAUGUACGCCGAGGUCGAGGCGUUCAAGCACCCGACGACCAUCGGCCGCUACGGCCACCCGUUCCGCAAGGCCGACGGCGCGCCCACGAGCAGCCCGCUGCUGCAGACAAUGCUCAACAAGCUCGCGCUGACCAACCCGGCGCUGCAGCCCCUCGGCCGCGCGUUCUGGCAGGACAAGGUGCAGGCUCUGCUCGCCCGGCUGGCCGAGGCGGAGCUGAGCGAGAGCUACGACCGGGGCGCCAUCGGCUCGCGGCGGGCCCUGGCGACGGCGGCGAGCAGCAUCGCCGAGUACGUCGCGCGCGGCAUGCUGGGAGGAUACGCCGUGGAGCAGCAGGCGGCCGACGGGGCGUCGCAGCGCGACUACGACGCGCGCGACGCGGCCGACGUGCUCGCGGCGUGGGACGAGUGCGCGCGCAGCUUGGUGUACGGCGACCUGCUCGACCGCCUGCUGGACACGGUCGCGGCCACGGACCGGCUCGACGAGCACUGCAGCCUCGUCCGCGCGGGCCACGAGUACGUGCUGGUCAACGUCGCCUCGUUCCUCCACCACGUCUUUGUCAUGUCGCCCGACGGGCAGUACCUCGUGCGGCUGCUCGAGAACGUCGACCGUCUGCUCCCCUACUACGUCAUCAAGCAGACGCUGCGCGUCGGCAACGCGGCGUCGAUGGUCAACGCCAUGGUCCGUCUGGUGCUGGCCAAGCUGUCCGUCACGGCCAUGACCAACUGGAUCGGGCUGACCAACAGCGCCAACGACGGCAUGAACCUGAUGCAGCAGAUUAUCAGCACGGUGCUGGCCUGGGACACGGCCGAGCUGCAGAAGCGCGCAUCCAAGCUCGAGGCGUCGCGAGACGCGCCCGACAAGAAGGUGCUCAGGGCCGUCCGGGCCCACGUCUACGCCUCGCGCGAGCGGCACGACGCUGCCCGCAGCCAGUCGGUGCACGAAGAAAAGUCCAUCCUGGCCGUCAUCCUCGAGACUGCCGAGCCGCGCCUCGGGCCCGACUCGGUGCGCGACCAGCAGCACGACACGGCCACCGAGUACUACGCCACCUGCCUCUCGAUCCGCGACCGCGAGGAGAUGACCAAGGUCCUGUGCAAGUCCAGCCCCGACGUCCUCACCGCGGCCGUCCGCGACUGCGUCUCGGCAAUGGACCCCGUCAUCCGCGCCGUCCACAACGCCGUCGACCUCUCCGCCACCGUCGCCGACGCCGAGAGCUUUGUAGCCGACCUGAUCAAGGCCUCGAAGCCCAGGAGCAGGGCCGGCCGCAAGAGCCGCGAGACGUCCAAAGAGCGCGAGGCUGCGGCCGCCGCGGCGGCCGCGGCCGAACCCACGCCUGCGGGCGCCGCCGACGACACGGGCGACGCCCCGACCGUCGAGGACUUUGUCCUUGUGCUCCGCAAGCACGCGCCCAGCGUGCACAGGUUCCUGCACCACGUGACCAAGAACGCGCCAGAGCUCGCACACGACUACCUCGUCUACGCCAAAGCCGCGUUUGGCGAGUUCAGAGCCGACCCGUCGACCCGCCACGGCGGCGCAGGCAACAUGACCGCCCCGCUGCACGCGCUCUUUGCAGCCCUCCCGCCCGCCAAGCAAGACGCGCUCAGGCCGCUGCUGACCGAGCACGCCGCCCACCUCGCGGCCCUCAAAGCCGCCUCGCACGCCCGCCUCGCCUCCAUCAUGGACAGCAGCGGCCCCGGAGCCUCGACCCACGGUCCGGGCACCUAUCUCUCGCGCUGGAACGCGCUGCUGGACAGCACCCUGAUCUCGCCCGCGCGCGCGGCCGGGCCCGUGCGCCGCGGCUGGGAGCUCAGGGGCGGCAACGGGGCGAAGAGCGCGCUGGACGACAAGACGGCAGCGGUGUGGGAUGCCAUGCGCGACGGCUGGGUGGGCCUGUGUCGGGCGCUGGAGGUCAUGGGGAGCGGGUGA